AUGUCACAUCUGAAAGAACGCGCAGUCGUCGGUGCCCAGAGCAAUCCGCAAGGAGCGACGUUAUCGGAGUCGGGACCUAUCGGUGUCCCAGCAACCUCAGCGCAUGUUCCCGUCCCCAUAGCCGAGGAUAAUCGUCCUAGGCCCACCAUCGAAGAGGCGAAGGCAGCACAGGCCCACUCCCGCACCUAUCAGAACAUGAUGCAGACUUGCGGCACCCUCGUGCAUCUCCUGAAAAGAAUCGAACCUUUCCUCAAGGGUACGCCUCUCGAAACGCCCAUCGCGGUCCUCUCUACCAUCGUCGAUGUCGUCGAAGCCGUCAAGGACGUAAAUGGAAGUGCGGAAGAUACAUCGGAGAUCAUCCUGGGUCGUCUCGUUGCCGUAGAGAACGCCCUCAUGGAAACCCACCAAUUCAGUAUUGAGUCGUCAGCAAGGAUCAAUGUUUUCGUUGCGUUCUUGGUCCAUCGGGCGGCCGAAAUGCGAGAAAUACGCGGCUCCUCGAUGUGGAAGAAGGUAUUGGAAGCUGAGGAUAUUAAGAACAAGAUCGAGGAAAUAGUUAGGCAGAUCCAAGAGCACACAACGAAUUUCUCGACGACCACUCUGUUGGUCAUCGAGAGCGAUACGAAGUCGGUCCUUGAAAUGCUCAGUAUCCUUCAACUGAACACGUGGCCGCAUGUGCCCGCCGCCAUUUACGACUCUGACCCUGUGCAGAACGCACCAGUCCGUCGUGCUUGCGCAAAAGAUACCCGUACCGGCAUAUUGGAUCGAAUCAAGAGCUGGGCCGUCGAUACGUCGUCCUCAAGCCCGCCCAUUUUCUGGCUUUGCGGAAUGGCGGGCACGGGGAAAUCCACGAUAGCUUACACGAUCUGUCGCGACUUCGACGCUGAGAAGGCUCGCUGUGCUCUAGGCGCUUCCUUCUUUUGCUCUCGUCAAGUCAGCGACUUGCACAGUCUUUCAAACAUCGUUCCCACUCUGGUGUAUCAACUGGCGCGAUGUUAUUCUUCAUUCGCGGGUACAUUGCGCAAAGUCAGUAAGGAUCAUGCUUGGAGCAAGCGGCCUAUGGAAAGUUUAUUGGUUCAUCCAUGGCAGCAGUCGGCCAAGUCCCGUCCAUCUGGACUGCCUCCAACCCUCGUCGUCAUCGACGCGCUAGAUGAGAUUGAGCGUGAAGGUGGCAAGAAGCUAUUGGAGUCGCUCAUUGAGGUAGCAGGAGAGGCAGGGAGAGACAUUCGAGGUCUCAAGUUUCUUGUGACGAGCCGCCCUCACCCUGACAUAGUCGCCACCGCCCAGUCAUUUCCAAAGGAGGCUGUGUACUGCCUCGAGAAUAUCAAUGAGCAGGAAGAGCGGGAGGACAUCAUGAAGUUUCUAAUCCAAAGUCUGCCUGAAAUUGAGAGUUCAUCUCGACAAAAGUUGCAUGCUCUCGCGGACCUUUCCCGCGGGCUAUUCAUCUAUGCCGCCACUGCAGUGCACCUCAUAUCACCGUCUCCCCCCCGUCCCCCUCUCUCCGCCCGGCAGCAAUCCAAGAAGCUGUCGACGUUACUCGGAGAUCAAAAUGGUCUCAUGGCAUCUGGCAGCGAGACGCUGCCCAUCGAUGUUCUAUAUAUGCAAAUUGUACUCGAUGCUAUUGGGAGCCAUACAAUUACAGAUGAUGACGGGCGCCUUCGGCUCACUAUCCUUCAUAGUAUCAUAUGUGCACGACAGCCGCUCUCGACCAAUAUACUUGCCGAACUUGUAGCUGAGGAUUCUGAGGAUGUUGACCAACAAGCUGUCCAUCUGCUUGUCCAGAAUCUCCAUGCCGUCCUAUACACCUCCAAUAACCAUGUAUAUAUGCGCCACAAAUCCUUCUCUGACUUCAUCCUCGACGAUCAGCGUUCUACACCAAAGCUCUCCUGCAGACCAGAAAUCAGCCACAGUGUCCUUGUCCGUGGCUGUUUUCGCAUCAUGAACCAAUCUCUCCGGUUCAACAUCUGCAACUUUACAUCAUCUUAUUUGCCUGACUCUGAGGUCGACAACCUCACACAGUCCCUCGAUGAAAAUGUAUACAGCAUUGACGGCCUGACAUAUGUGUGUCGGUACUGGUCGUCGCACCUGGUCGAGGUGCCUAUAGAAAGCGAGGGCAUCCAGUUUCUCUUCGACAAAUUAUUGGUGUUCAGCCAGAUGAAAGCCCUCUUCUGGAUUGAGGUCAUGAACCUACUCGCAGCAAGGGUGGAUUGCUAUGCCGGAGUGAGUGCCAUAAUGGCGUGGGUGAACAAACAGGCCGUACAGCGAGAUGACAAGGCCAUUUCUGAGCUGCAAAUGGCUUGGACUGCUGUUUCAAGACUUGCCAAAUCAUUUCUGCAGACCCCUGCAUCUCUAUCGACACCUCAUCUUUACAUCUCGAGUAUGGCCACAGAGUUUGCCACAAAUACCAAGAUUCCUAGUAACUGGAGGAGGUGCUUUCCGAACCUGCCACAACUGAGCUGUGCAGGAAUAAGCAAUCAUGGCAGCAUUCUAACAAAAAUCGACAUGGGUUGUACGGCCAACUCUGUUGCAUUCUCCCCAGAUGGCACACGCGUCGUCUCGGGCUUGCGGGACGCCACGGUGUGCAUCUGGGACGCGUCGACCGGAGAGGAGGUGCAGAAGCUGGGGGGCCACACCGCAUCGGUCAAUUCCGUCGCAUUCUCGGCCGAUGGCACACGCGUCGUCUCGGGCUCUUACGACCACACGGUGCGCAUCUGGGACGCGUCCACCGGAGAGGAGGUGCAGAAGCUGGAGGGCCACGCCAGAUCCGUCAAUUCCGUCGCAUUCUCGCCCGAUGGCACACGCGUCGUCUCGGGCUCUGAAGACCACACGGUGCGCAUCUGGGACGCGUCCACCGGAGAGGAGGUGCAGAAGCUGGAGGGCCACACCGCAUCGGUCAGUUCCGUCGCAUUCUCGCCCGAUGGCACACGCGUCGUCUCGGGCUCUGAAGACGACACGGUGCGCAUCUGGGAUGCGUCCACCGGAGAGGAGGUGCAGAUGCUGGAGGGCCACACCCUAUCCGUCAAUUCCGUCGCCUUCUCCCCCGAUGGCACAGGUGUCGUCUCAGGCUCGGAAGAUGACACGCUGCGCAUCUGGGACGCAUCCACCAGUGAGGAAGUCCAAGAGUUGGAGUGGGUAUCUGGCCCCGCUGGCUGGAUCCUUGGUCCCGAUUGGGCGCGUUGUUAUGUUCAGCAGAAUUAG